AUGUAUCGACAGAUUUUGGUUCACGAAAAGGACCAAGGUCUGCAACAAAUACUCUGGUUUGAUAAGGAAGGAAACAUCAUCCCCUUCAAACUCACCACAGUUACUUAUGGGACGAAAUCAGCUCCAUUUCUUGCUGUUCGAGCCCUGCUCCAAUUGGUCGAAGAUGAAGGACAUAGAUUCCCACUCGCAAUCGAUCCACUCACAAAAGGACGGUAUGUCGACGACAUUUCCGGAGGCGCAGAUGAUCUCGAGUCACUGCAAGCAGUUGCGGAUGAUAUCGAGGGUCUGUGCAAGGCGGGCGGAUUCCCACUCGCCAAAUGGGCAAGCAAUCAUCGCAAACUACUUCAGCUCAAUCGUGCGGAAGCGAUUACAAAAUACAAAAUAGAGGAUCCAGAAGUCAGCACCAAAAUUCUUGGGAUGUACUGGUCUUCAAACAAGGAUCAAUUCUCGUUCAAACACUCGCCACCAUGCUCAACUCAACCGUGCACAAAACGUGCAAUUCUAUCAGAGAUUGCUCAGAUCUUUGAUCCACUGGGAUUCCUAUCACCACUCAUAAUUCAAGCCAAAAUGUUCAUGCAGGAACUUUGGCUUGUAAAACUCGGCUGGGACACUCCAUUGUCUGCAGAAUUACGACAGAAAUGGACUUCAUUCAAAACUCAACUCGAUAUGAUUCAUAUCAUCAAGAUUCCCAGAUGGAUCCACUCGUCCACGAGCUCGGCUCCAGAAAUCCAUGGAUUCUCCGAUGCCUCGCAAUUGGCGAUGGCUGCGGCAGUAUUUAUCAAGGUCCUACCAACAACUCGAACUCAGAGGGCAAAGGUUACGCUGCUUUGCUCUAAAACCAAGGUGGCACCGUUGAAACCCCUAACGAUUCCACGCUUGGAACUCACCGCGGCUCACAUGUUGGCAAAACUCGUCAAACACUGCCAGACUACACUCAACUACUCGCAUGUGCCAACAUAUCUUUGGACCGAUUCAUCAAUCACGCUCACGUGGAUACACUCGCACCCGUCUCGCUGGAAAGACUUUGUCAGGAAUAGGGUGUCAUUUAUUCAAGAACUAAUUCCAGAUGGCCACUGGAAGUUUGUCCCUGGCACUGACAAUCCAGCAGAUUGUGCAACUCGAGGCUUGACAACCAGUCAGCUUAAAACUCAUCAACUAUGGUGGUCUGGCCCAUUAUGGUUGCUCGAAGACUCGCCGUCCUGGCCAACCAGUCCUAUUCAUAAAGAUGCAGAUACUCACCUGGAAGAACGUCCAGUCAAAUCACUCUAUGUUUCGGCUCAACCACUCAACUCGUCUUGGACGCUAAUGGAACGUCCAAUCCCACUGUUGCGCAUGCUCACAGUUACAGCAAUUCGUGGGGGGGGGGUACGCGAUAUGAUCAAACGCAUACCACACUCGACUCUCGCUCGUCCACUCACAUCAACUGAAAUCAAUCUCGCACUCCAGUUCUGCAUCAAGGAAACUCAACGUACUCAUUUCAACUCUGAACUCCAACUACUCGCAAAACAGGCAUCAUGGCCAAAGGAUCACCCAUUUGCUCGGUUGGUGGCUUAUCAAGACACCGAUGGCAUCAUCCGAGUAGGGGGGAGAUUGGAAAAUGCUCCAGACUCAGAUCAACAGAAGCAUCCUGCAAUUUUACCUCGUGAUGCUGCUCUAACUCGACUCGUCAUCUCUGAUGCCCAUCAGCGUACCAUGCAUGGUGGUACUCAACUCACACUCGCUCAUACUCGACUCCGAUACUGGAUCAUUGGUGGACGUCAACCAGUACGUUCACACAUACUCAAUUGUCUCGUCUGUGCUCGUCAUCGAGGUGUUCGGGCUCAGCAAUUAAUGGGACAACUCCCAACUCAACGUGUCACCCCAGCGCCACCAUUUUCUCACACUGGAGUCGAUUACGCUGGUCCAGUAUCAAUCAAAUCAUGGAAAGGUCGAGGAUCCAGGAUAUACAAGGGCUGGAUCUGUGUGUUUGUCUGUCUGACCACAUCAGCAGUUCACGUCGACCUUGUCAGCGACUACUCAUCAUCAGGAUUUAUAGCAGCUCUCCGACGGUUUAUUCACCGUCGAGGGAUAUGUACAGCACUCUACAGCGACUGUGGAACGACAUUCCAAGGCGCGUACUCGGAACUCAAGCGGCUCUUCACUCAAGGCACUCAAGAAUCUCAUGCUCUACUCGAUUGGGCCACUGUGCAUCAAAUCACAUGGCAUUUCAAUCCUCCUGCUGCUCCCCAUAUGGGUGGUAAAUGGGAAGCCGCAGUGAAAUCAGUGAAACAUCACCUAACUCGCACACUCGGAGAAUCAGCCUUCACGUUUGAAGAACUUACGACUCUUCUAACGCAAGUGGAGGGGAUUUUGAACUCGAGACCAUUGGAGGCUCUAUCCGACGAUCCUCAGGAUCCUUCAUCGCUCACUCCAGGUCAUUUUCUCAUUGGGAGACCAAUAGUUGCAAUCCCUGAACCUUCACUCAUGGAUACAGAAGUAUCAAGACUCUCUCGCUGGCAGUUCAUUCAGCAACGUGUCCAGCAUUUUUGGAAUCACUGGUCUACCAGUUACAUUCAACGUCAUCUGGCUCGAACCAAGUGGCAUCAUGCUCGCAAUGACAUCAAACUCGGCUCACUAGUCCUUCUCACUGAUGAACGAACUCCACCAACUCGAUGGCCACUCGCGAAAGUGACUGCACUCCAUCCAGGGAAGGACAACCUCACUCGAGUGGUAACCAUUCAAACAGCCACUGGUACUCUCACUCGUCCAAUUGCCAAGCUCGCACUCUUACCACUUGCUCCAGAACCAGAUGCCUAA